AUGGAGGCAAGGCAGAAUCGGUGGACCAGGCCUCAGUAUGACGCAAAGAAUAGGGUAAAGGGAAAGGAAGUAGCGAGAACCGAGAGAAUAAUAGCCGGUCACAACAACACGAUAAGUGAUCCCUCACCUAGGCAUUGCGGUGACCGGUCAAAGAUGCCACUGCUAGAUCUCCCGACCGAAACUAUCCUCCAAAUUACAUACCAUCUCGAUGAAUCACCAUAUCACGACAAAUAUACAUCCAUCAACUCUUUUGCUCGAGCAAACCGCCACCUUUACAGCAUCGUCAAUCCGUUUCUGUAUAGACUUGACGCGAAGGAGGGCGAUGCACUAUAUCAUGCGGUGGGAAAUGGCCUCAUUGAAACCGCCCAAAAAGCCUAUAGAGCGGGGUCAAGCGCUCACGAGGGACUUCUAUACUGGGCUGUAUCCGAAAGGACGCUGUUGGGGGAACUAAAUAAUGCCUCUGAAGAUGGGAGAGCUGAGAUAGUGAAGAAAUUAAUCUCGCGUGACGGUGUCAACCCAUCAGUAGCGCGUUUUAAGCGCAAUCCCCCGCUCGCGGGAGCUGCGGAGAGGGGCAACGAUGCGGUCGUUGACGUACUACUCGCAGACCCUUGGACCGACCCUAAUGUGCUCUAUCAUUUUGAAGACCGGACUAUCCUAGAAAAAGCAGCACAAAGGGGAUACACCAACAUCGUUCGGUCCCUCCUCGCCCGAGGUGCCUCUACACGACCUAAUUUUCAGACGCCCAUGCACAGUGCAGUGAUCAAACGUGACCCACGGAUGUUGGAACUAUUCCUCAACCGCAUUGAUGUAGAUCCCAAUGCAAUCUUCAAUGGUCAAACACUUUUGCACCAUGCAGUGAGCGCCAAUCGCGAAGACCUGGUUGGGUUGUUGCUCACAGAUCAACAUGUUGAUGUGAACCUCACGGACAUGACUAAUGGCCAGACCCCUUUGCUUGAUGUUGUGAUACUAAACAAUGACAAGAUGGUUAAGCAACUUCUUUCUGCUGGCGCAGACCCCAAUCUUGCAGAUCGCACAGGGCCUUCUCCUGCUAUGCUAAUCGAAUGCUCCAAUGACCAAGCUAGGGGCGAAUUGCUGAAGCGGAAUAACAAAAAUCCUCAUACAAUUUCAGACGAAAGGAGAAAAAGACACAGAGUAAUGACUAUUCCCGACUAA